AUGGAACAAGAACAGCACGGCACCAUUCCUUUCCUGGACGUCAAGAUCUCCAGGAACCUGGAUGGCACCCUGGGACAUAGCGUCUACAGGAAACCAACCCACACCGACCGCUAUCUCCACCAGCGGUCGUUUCAUCACCCCAGCAUCAAGUCAUCGGUCAACCGCAUCCUAGUACAGAGAGCCUUUGAGGUCUGCGACCAAGACAACCUCAAGCGUGAACUCAAGCACAUCCAGGCGUCACUACAAUGGAAAGGCUACAAACCCAACUGCAUCACGAUCAGCAAACCUGACCAAUGGGUCUCCUAUACCCAAGGUCCUUCCACUGUAUCUCCCUCAGUCACUCUUCCUUACAUAGGUCCAGCUUCACAUCAUCUGCAACGCAUCCUCCGACAAGCCGGCAUCAAGGUGUACCACUCAUUGGCAACAAGCUCCAAGGCAGCCUCCACACUCACAAGGACAAGCAGGACUCCUCUUCCAAGGCGGGAGUCUACCGCAUUCUAUGUGAAUGCGGCAAAGUCUACAUCGGCGAAACCGGUCGGAACCUUCCCACUAGGCUCAAGGAACACAGAGCACAUGGACGUUCGCUACACAUGGUCCGAGACCCUCACCGCAUGA